UUCAUCAUUCCUCAACAAGAAGCAAACAGCACUUUCACUUAAUUAGUCACCAUUUUAAAUAGUUGAGUGCUAAUUAACUUUGAAAAAUGGCUAAGUUUGCUGCAUCUUCCAUUGCCCUUGUUCUCACAUUGAACAUUCUGUUCUUCACUUUGGUUAGUUCCACUAAUGUCCCAUGCCCACCACCCCCACACCCCAAGCCUCACCCUAACCCAACCCCCUCCACCCCAUCUACCCCAUCCACCCCAUCAUCAAACGGAAAGUGCCCAAAGGACACACUUAAGCUAAAAGUGUGUGCCAAUUUGUUAAAUGACUUAGUGCACCUUGUUAUUGGAAGUAGCCCAGCUAAAACUCCAUGUUGCUCUCUAAUUCAAGGACUUGCUGACCUUGAUGCUGCUGUUUGCCUUUGCACUGCCAUUAAAGCCAAUGUAUUGGGAAUUAAUUUGAAUGUUCCACUUUCCCUCAGCUUGUUGCUCAACAACUGUGGAAAGUAUGCUCCCAAGAACUUUCAAUGCGCUUAAGCCAAUUUCCAAUUCAUAGAGUAUUUAGUUUCUUUCAGUGUGUUUGAUGUUUUGUAUGCUUAUAAUAGUUGUUUAUUUUCAAGGCAAGUAUAUUUUUUAUUCUAAUUGGUUAGAAGACGGGCGAGUUGCCUUCUUUUCGUUGUAUCCAAGUUUCCUGAAAUAAAUGACAUCUUUUGGAACUUAUA